UGUGGUCGCCUUGAUAGGCCACGUGACUGGAUGUUAUUGUUUGCGGGCUGUGGUUCCUCCGCCAGUCCGCCAGGCGGCGCUUCCGGGUUCUGGUCAGGAGAGUGCGCUCUCUCUGUUCAAGGCGACAACGAUCUCUGAACAAUGGCGUCCAGAGGGGGGAUCGAGUCUCUGGGUCCAGAGGGGGCGUCGGCGGCGGCUCACGCGCUCUCCCUUCCUGCGGAGGCGUAUGGCAACGACGAGCGAGUGGAGGCCCUGUGGGCGAUGAAGGCGUCCAACCACGCCGAGGUUUACUUCAACCUCAUCUCCUCCGUCGAGCCCAAGUUCCUCAAGCUGACCAAGACGGACGACCACAUCUACGGCCGGUUCCGGGAGGACUUCCCACAUCUGGACAUCAAGGUUCUGAAAGAGGACGACCUGAAAUCUGCAGACGCCAAAGAGAGGUGGCGCCCGUUCUGCAACCAGUUUGAAGGCAGCGUGGAGGACUUCAACUACGGCACGCUGCUGCGCCUGGACUGUGAGAAGGAGUACACGGAGGAGAACACCAUCUUCGUCACCAGGAUCCAGUUCUUCGCCGUGGAAGUGGCCCGGAACAGAGAGGGUCUGAACGACACCGUCUUCUCUGCCAGGACACGGAAAUGCUAGCAGCCAUCGACUCAGAGGCUUCUGAGAGCAGAUGAUGCUUUGUUUUGUUGUUGGUUUCAAAUAAAACCGUGCGAGAGA